AUGCUCGCCUGCCGGAUCCUCUCCUGGCUGCUUCUGGUGCCAGCCCUGGCCGGAGACGGCUACGACACAGGUUCAGAGGGCAGAGGAUCCGCAAGGUGCACAAACAGCUUGACGCUACUCCAGGCCACCUCGCAGAAAUCCCGCACUGUCGUCCAAGGCGAUGUGGAUGCAGAGCUGGUAGGGCCUUCACAACCAGCAGAGGAAGCGGCGCUGCACAGCAGUUCUUACAGCCUGCAAAGUGGUCGGGCUUUGGUGGAACGCACUGUGCUCUUGGCUGUCCGGUCUUGGGCGGGCGGCGUGAGAUCUUCCCUGCUGCAGGUACGAGCUGCUUCCUUUGGAUACACCACGGUCUCUUUCCUGAUCCUGGGUGUCCUGGUGCUCAGUACGAUCACUGCCUUCCUUUUCACCCGUCCAGACCUGCCUAUGGCGCGCAGCGACGCCAAGGAGGUCAGGCUGCCCGCAAACGCGCUGGCGCAGCCUCGAGGAAGCAAGUCCUUUGCAAACUCGUUGCCGAGCCGCGCGAGCUACAUGCAGGUCGCAUCUCCCUCGCCGACCCGCGAGGGGAGUGAUUUGGAUGAGAGGUCUGAAGCUCGCGGAGACUUCUGUCCUGACCUGAUCGUGCCUAGGGGCUGCGAGUGUGUACUGCUCGUUCCCAUCGUGCCCCUUUCACUUGGGCCAUUUAGUGUGUGCGACCCCAAUGGCCACGUUGUCCUUCGCGUCCGCCCCAGGAGCUUGGCCCAGGGCUCGUCUCCGUCAUCUCCAGAUCCGCUGAGGCGCUCCACUUCCAUGGGAAGGAGGUCUAGGGCGAGGUCUGUGAGCUUUGGCCCCGAUGCCUUGGGCAGCUCCUGGCGACUGGAGCUGACGACAGGCUCUGGAGAGCUGCUUGCACAGUCCGCAUGCUGCCGAAAUGGAAAGGUGAGCCCCGAGUGGAGCAAUGAUGGCCCGUCUUUCUCCCUGAUGACUUCCACCGGUGUCAAUUAUGCCACCUUGCGUCGCAACAGCACGCAGGAAGGCUACGAGCUGGUGACUCCAGAGCGCACCAUGCACUUCUGGGGUUCCUUCGAUCACCAUGCCGUCAACAUCACCGAUGAGGCAGGGAAGCUGCUGGCAACCACAGAGCUUUGUGCAGCAGACUGGGAUCCAACCGGAGAGUUCUACCGCCUUCGUGUUGCACCGCUCGUGGACGUGGGCCUGCUGCUUUGCAGUUUGGUCUGCAUCGACCAGGUGGCGGCCCUUGUGCGACGCACGUAA